AAAAGUGCUUUUCUUCCUCUCCUCAUCUCUAACUUGAGACUGGCAUGAAGCAUUGUUGGUCCAUCUACCGGGCGUUAAUCUAAAGGCGAAGGCUCCCCUUAUAUAUUGAGUGCCUACUUAAACUCCUAAGGGCAGUCCCUCUCUUUUUCCAAACUUGUUUCUUUCGCUCUCGAGAACAUUUAUCGGAGGAGUGUGAGGGAUAUCAUCUUGGACUGGGUUAAGUCAAGGAUGACCCACCAACAUUAUUUUAAGCAUUCAAGUUAAAUCUUACAAUCGUCUCUGAAACGUUUUUCUCCCAGGCACUUCUUAGAAUUUGUUUUUACCUGCGGGUUAGCGAUGAUAUCUUUUUCAUCUCUCCGAAGUUCAAAAGCUCCUAAUUAUCUGGAAUGAUUGUUGAUAAAUUCAAACUCACCGAAAUAUCUCGCGACUGGAAAACAAUUCAGCACACUUUUGAGGGAGAAAUAUCAACUUUUGUGAACUUCUUUUAGACAGUGUUUCCAGAAGUUAUUUGAAGAAAAGAUAUAUCAGACUGACUCCUAAAUUACGAAUUUUAUCACAUUAAACAUUUCUGGAAACAAAAGAUUUAUUUAUCUCAAAAUGGCAUGUGUGGGAAAAAAUGAAUCUUUUACAAGGUUUAGUCCAUCAAUAAUUGAAGACAGGUGUUACAUCAACAAUAUGGACGAUUCUAAUAUUCCCGAAGAUUUAAGUAUUCGAGCUCGCGAGACCGUGAUUUGGUGCCCAGCCGAAGACGUUAUCGAGUCUCACGGUGAUGACGAAUUAAUGACGAAUACGUCGACAUCGUCGUCGUCAAGAAAAGGCACAGACAUUAUCGAGCAUGAGGAAGUUCUUCGAGAGUCUACCGUAUCGUAUUCGAACCACGAGGAACGAUUUCGCGAAGCGAUGACGACGAUGUCGGAACGAGAAGAGAGGUUUCGUACUUCAAUGUCAUUUCCCGAGCGAGGGGAGUCGUAUCGCGAUUCGAUGACGGCAAUGCCGAACAAUGGCAAGCUAACCAACAACGCUGAUAUAAGCAUUCCACUAACAACAUCCACAACAACGCUACCAAAACCUAAGGGAAAACCGACGUAUCACCGCCAUCCUAAACCACCAUUUUCUUACAUUGCUUUGAUUGCCAUGGCAAUUCGUGAUUCGGGCCAUGGGAAACUAACUCUAGCUGAGAUCAAUGAAUACUUGAUGAAGAAGUUUCCUUUCUUCCGUGGUAGCUACACCGGUUGGAGAAACUCAGUUCGACACAAUCUUUCUUUGAAUGAAUGCUUUCGUAAGAUACUCCGGGAUCCAUCGAGACCAUGGGGUAAAGAUAACUACUGGACAAUCAAUGAGAGCAGCGAAUACACCUUCGCUGAUGGAGUCUUUCGACGUCGACGAAAGCGGAUAUCGAAACGAGCGGCACAAAAUCAGAAAAAUCAAGAACGUCGUGAAAAGGAGAUUGCAAGAAGGGAGAGACAAAAGAUUUCAAAGUUUUCUGGACCUUUCAGCAUUGAUAGCAUUCUCGGGGAAGACGAUGAUAGUCGAGAUAAUGAUGAUGAUGAUGAUGUUGAGAUGACAUUGAAUGAAAGUGACUGCAAAGAAAUCCAUGAAUCGGUGAGUAUUCCAAAGUCGUCAUCGUUACGUGCCGUGGUAGAUCAGCGUAUCCGAGAUGCAGCAAACGCGGCUGCGGCUGGAACCCCUCCUCUCAUGAGUCGUAUGAUACCUGCAGGGUUCGCCCGGAGCAUGAUCCCGAUGUGGAACUCUAUUUACCCGGGGUCUCGUAUCCCUUCUCGAUCACCGUUUCCCGGGUUUGGCUGUUGCCCGAUACCACUGGCCCGUUACCCUGCGCUAGAAGCCCUCCAGCAACACGCCAGACAUCAAUUUCAGCACGGUGCGGCACUUCCGUUCCCUAUGGCUAUGCCUGCUGGCCCCGUGCGCCCGGUACUCCCCCGUCCAGGACAGCUCAUAUACCCGCUCUGUCAACCGGCGUUCCACACUGAGCACGGAAAAGGCUCUAAGUUCUGCAUAGAUCACAUCGUAUCAUGAUAAUAACUUGAUUCAUUCAAAGAUCGAGAUUUACGAUUUUUCGAAAUUCUUUUCUAAUCAAACGGACUUUGUUAUCUUACAUCAGUUUCCUGUUAACCCUUGUAAAGUAUAUGUAUUUAUUUUGUAUUCAUCUUUACAAGUAGUUUUUACAAACCUAACAUUGAUUCGAUGUCAUUCAUUCAUCUCCAUUUAUGUCGACUGCUGUUAUCGCCCACUCGACAUGUCAGAACCCGAAGUCGCUCAUUCAGCUCUAGUCAUUGAAGGAAACACCCACAUAUAUACACCCACGUUUCCAUCUUAUUCACAUUUUAGAUCAUCAAACCAUGUAAAGCUCGAUUGAUUUCUGUUUUCUAUUGAUACAAUGUGACAUGGACAUCAUGAAUCAAUUUAGUUUAUCGAUAUGGUCAUUUUGUUGUAUCAACUGUUGAGAGUUGAUGUUAGUAGCAAUCCUUUACACGCUGUAACAUCUUUUAAUCAUAUAAUAUCUACAUCUUAAACAUUGUAAGUAAGAAAAGGAAUCUUGUAUUGACUAAGUCUAUCAUCAUACCAAUGAUAGAGGAUCUUACUAAUGUUUUUUUUUAUACCAAUAUCACCAGGCUCACACUUACCACUGAAAAAAGUAAAUAUGAUUCAAUCAAUAUUCAUGAGUUAUCACAAUAGUUUAAAUAUUCAUAUUCUAGACUUAAGGUGCGAUUGAUGAGUUAUGCAAUUAAAAAGAAAUGAUGUUAAUAUCUUAAACUGUUGGCGUUUGCUUCACUAUAUAUUAUAACAUGAAAAGGCUUAUAUUAUGUUUGAGUUCAUUUCAUUUCCGUAAUGAAAUUUUACUGCGCUCAUAUUUAAGAAUAUAGUAUGAUUUUUUCCUCAAAGUUUGAAUGUUGAAAUUAUGUCUUUGGUGAGGACGUGUUCCUUUUCUGCUCAGUAUCUGUAAUUUGACCAAAAUAAUUGCGAUACAAUCGUAAUCGCGGACAAUGAAGGAACAUUAUAUCAUCUUUCUCUUUCCCUUAUAAUGAAUAUCACUUUACAUUUAUGAGUUGGGUAUAUUUUGUUUUUUGUUUAACAGGCCUAGGCCUAUUUGUUUUUUAAUGGAGGUUUGACUGUGAAUGCUUUCGGUUUAAAUUAUUUUACUUGUGUUGAGUAAAUAAUCCUCUGUCAUAUUUAUGGGGCUUUUUCAUAAGGAGAAAUGAUAUGAAUAGGCCUAUGAUCAUUUAUAAUGAGCCGUCGCUAUCGGUAUAUAAUUUGCUAUAAUUUUCCAUAGGUUUGUCUUUUAUUUGUAGUCAUUAAAAAUGUGGCUUAUUUGAACAAAAUAUACAACGUCAAUGAACAAAUAUGUAAAUUGUGUGCACAGUCAUAACUACUAUGGAUAACUUGUAUAUAACGGUUCCGCAUAUAAAACGGAUGCAACAAAUAAACUUUGGCAUGACUACCAAGCCAAAAAAUAAUAAAACUAUAUGUCGCAGAAGUCGUAUUCACACCGUCUAUUUCAUAUAACUCAAUUGUUUAUGAUAUUUAAAAAAGGAAAUAUUGAUGCGAUGUUGCUAUAAAUAUGUGAAUCAUUAUUCGAAUCAUUGUAUUUUUGCACUAUCAACAGUGCUCAAAAAGAUGAAAAAUCGGUGUCUAAAUAAUAUCCAUGAUCAGUACGACUUGGCAACGAGCUUUAUAAAUCAAGACAUUUCAUGGAAAUUUUGCAAAGGUGAGACCAAAUUGAUUUGUUCAUUUUAUUAAAUGAAUCAUUCUAACCAUUGAUAAAAGACGUUCAUGUAAUAUUGUAAUCCAUAAAAAGGUUGAUUUCUGAUGGGUUGAGAGAUAGAACGAGGACAGUUUUGGGUACAAAUAAAACUUUUUGUUUAACCAUAGUCGUAGUUAGGGGAGGGGGGGGGGGGGGUCUCAAAUGUAUUUUAGGUAUAGAUCCUAUAGCCGUAUAUGAUCUUCAUGUUGGUUAAGAUUCUUAUCAUACAGUAGAACUGUUGAUAUGCAGAUGCAGACAGUGUAGGAAGAUGACAAUUUGUUUUAAGUCCGAUUUAGAAAAAAAUCUUUAAUUUAAAUUGAUAAUUCUAUUUAAUUCUGUUGUAUGACAUUUCCUUUUUUUGUACUCUUGAUUGAUAGAUUUAAAUAAGAUUGUGCGUUCCUGCAAAAUAAAACGACAACUGUGAAAUACUCUGUA